AUGGCUGCGAUACUACCCCCAGCCCAGAGUGCUGAAAUACCUAGGGUGGAUGAACUCUGCUUAGCUGAAGUUGAUGUUACCCCAGUCACCUCCUUUCUGCCAUCGCUCACAAUCAAGGGACUGGGGUGCAGGUUUCAGCAGAUGCCAACUCAGUUUUACCUAAAGGGCAGAGCCCGUAAAUCUCCAGCAGGUCAGCACAGACACUGUGAGAAAUGCUUCAACCGUCAUUGCCACAUUCCAAUGGAACCUGAUGUUUCCUGCCUAGUGAUAAACUGCCACCUACUCUGUGGUGCCACCUUCCACAAGUGCAAAGAGACAGAACACAAACUCCUCUGCCCUUUAGAACAAGUUCCGUGCCUCAAUUCUGAAUAUGGUUGUCCCCUUUCCAUGUCCCGCCACAAGCUGGCCAAGCAUCUGCAAGUUUGCCCUGCUAGUGUGGUCUGCUGUUCCAUGGAAUGGAAUCGCUGGCCAAAUGUGGACUCCGAAACACCUCUUCAUGAGAACAUCAUGAAAGAGAUACCUAGUGAGGAGUGUUUGGACACAGCUCUGGCCCUCCAGGACCAGAGGGUCCUUUUUAGCUCUUUGAAGAUGGUUGAACUUUUCCCAGAAACUAGAGAGGCCAUUGAACAGGAACAGACUAUAAAUGGUGAAGCCAGUUGGGAGAAAAUGGAAGGAGCAGUCGGUGGAGUGGAUGUUUCUUUGGUGCCCAAUGGCUCUCUGUCCACAAUCAAUGGAGAGAUGGCAGAGCUGAACCAGGAAGAAAGAGAGGCAUUGGCCAAAACCAAAGAAGGAAUGGAUCUUGUCAAGUUUGACAAGUGGGAAAACAUAUUUAGCAAAGAGCAUAAGGCUUCUGCCUUAACAAAUUCAUCCAUAAUCUGUGAGAACAAAAGCAACAAUAGUUCUGGCAAAGAAAAGACUUUCAGCAACAGAAACAUAGUAGAAGAGAGUGCUGCCAAUGGGAAAGACCCAGAAAAAAAUCAGAAACAGGAUAUCUUUCAUGCAGCUAUAGAAACAACAGGGCUGGCUCCUUGGCAGGAUGGUGUUUUGGAACGACUGAAAACAGCAGUGGAUGCAAAGGACUACAACAUGUAUCUGGUGCACAAUGGGAGAAUGCUUAUUCACUUUGGUCAGAUGCCUGCUUGCACACCUAAGGAGAGAGACUUUGUUUAUGGUAACCUUGAAGCUCAGGAAGUUAAGACUGUUUACACCUUCAAAGUUCCUGUAAGCUACUGUGGAAAGCGGGCUCGGGUUGGAGAUGCUAUGUUGAGUUGUAAGCCAAGUGAACAUAAGGCAGUAGAUACUUCUGAUUUAGGGAUCACUGUGGAAGAUCUACCGAAAUCUGAUCUUAUCAAAACCACCCUUUUGUGUGCUUUGGAAAGAGAACUCAAAGGUCAUGUCAUCUCUGAAUCUAGGAGCAUAGAUGGGUUGUUCAUUGACUUUGCGACACAGACAUACAAUUUUGAGUCAGAACAGUUUCCCUCUGAGACAGUGCUGGCUGAUCUCAUCACUUCUCCUCAUGCAAGAGGUCUCCAUGUGGAACUCCAUAGUGAGUGUGUGACCAGAAGACACAACAAAAGCAGCUCUGCUUUCACUUUCACUUGCAACAAGUUUUUCAGGAGGGAUGAAUUCCCACUACAUUUCAAGAAUGUCCACUCAGACAUUCAGUCAUGUCUCAAUGGCUGGUUCCAACAUCGAUGCCCCCUGGCCUACUUGGGAUGUACGUUCACUCAAAAUCACUUCCGUCCUCCAGGGCAAAAGGCAAAACUGAUCUAUAGUCAGGAGCUCCAGACCUUUGCCAUUAAGCCUGAAGUUGCUUCAGAAUUGAGUGAAGUAAAAAAGAGUAAUCACCUCUCUGGUCAAGGAGGAAAAAGUCAGAAUUCUCUAACAAGUCUGCCUCUGGAGAUUUUGCAGUACAUUGCUGGAUUCUUAGAUAGCAUAAGUCUUUCUCAACUCUCCCAGGUGUCUGUGCUGAUGAGAAAUAUCUGUGCCACUUUGUUACAAGAAAGAGGAAUGGUCCUUCUGCAAUGGAAGAAAAAGAAGUAUUCUCAUGGAGGUUCCUCCUGGAAAGUUCACAGAGAGAUCUGGCAAUUCAGCAGCCUCUUCUCCAAAAUCAAGAGCUGGGAGUUUAAUGAAGUCGCAUCCAUGUCUGAACACCUGAAAACCUGUCCUUUCAAUGUGGUUGAGCACAAGACAGAACCAAUUCUUUUGACUAGCAUGUGUCAGCCCCAUGAGCAAGUCCAAGAGAGCUUAGUAAGCACCUUUAGAACUAAACCUCAAGGAAGACAUAACUAUUAA